GGAGACAACGCCCCGCCCACACAGUGAGAGCUCAGCGGAAGUUGUGUGAGCGUGCUCCCCAACACAACCAAAACAAUGAAAGCUAUCAUUCAGCGGGUCACCAAGGCGACUGUAACAGUGGGAGAAGAACAGGUCAGUUCGAUAGGUCGAGGGCUGUGUGUACUGCUGGGUAUAUCAGUGGAGGACACCCAGAGGGAUGCCGACUACAUCGUACGGAAGAUCCUGAACCUGCGGCUGUUUGAAGACGCGAACGGGCGAGCGUGGAGCAAGAGCGUCAUGGACCAGGACUUUGAGGUUCUGUGCGUGAGCCAGUUCACACUGCAGUGUAUACUAAAGGGCAACAAGCCAGACUUCCACUCAGCCAUGCCUGCAGAGUUGGCCCAGCCCUUCUACAACAGCAUCCUGGAGAACAUGAGGAGUGCCUACAAGCCAGAGCUCAUUAAGGACGGGAAGUUUGGGGCCUACAUGCAAGUCCACAUUCAAAACGACGGACCUGUUACCAUUGAAAUUACUUCACCCUCUGGUCCCACAGACCCCAAACAGCUGUCAAAGCAGGAGAAGCAGCAGCAGAGGAAAGAGAAGACGCGCUCCAAGGGCCCCUCAGAGUCGAGCAGGGACAAAGGCGCCCAGCGUUACCGGCAGGACCCCAACGCCAGUAGUGGAGCCGAGGGAGAUGUGUCGUCAGAGAGGGAGCCCUAGGUGGGCAGGAUGUCAUACUGGGGACAUGAAGGUGAGCCCAGUUUCCUCAGGAAGGCCUUAAUCCUCAGUGACUCUUACACCUGAUCGUGGACUACCCUCCUUCCUGUUUGCAAAUCAACUGGAUUAUCUUGGCCUGUCGCAGAACAUCGUCCCCUCACUGGUGUCUUUGGCUUCUCUUCUCCAGAAUCACAUGGGACUGCCUAGGUGUAAACAAAGUAGCAAAGUCUAACUAGAAGACAGAUUGAUGUAGGGAAAUGCAUAGGAAGGUAACAUGGGUGAUAUGGGAUAGAGCAGAUAUCAAUAGCACUACACUGUGUGGCUCAGUAGCUUUCUGCACUCUCUUACUGUCUUUGGGCUCUGUCUCUGUCCGUCUUUCUCUUUCAGAUUCUCCCUGCCUGUCUCACUCUCAGCCCGCUGUUCCCACUUAAUCUCUGCUCAGACACAUGGCACUGACCCUGAAGCAUAACUCUGCUCCAAGUCCUUGGCUCAUAGUACAGACACAAGAACAUCAAGACAGCGAUAAUGCAACAGCCUAGACAUAUUCAUUGUCCCAGUUACACCUCAUGACUGGUAUAGUACAUGCGUACAUGCUGUUUAAAAAUGUUAUUGUGCCAGAACAAAAUUUUAAAAACAAUGGUAAUGUAUUCAGUGGCUGGUACAAUUUGAAUAUUCACUAGCCAUUUGGCCCGUGGACAAAAAACUUAAAGGUGCUGUAAGUGUAAGCUGCAUUUUGGCUAACUUUCUGUCCGUUCAGUUAGCAGUCCCCUCCCUACUCCCCCACGAAACUAUUUUGUGAAGUGUGAACGGGCCUCCUGAACAUGUAUUCUCCGUUUACUGCAGAAGGAGGGACUGGGAGACCCAUGUCACUGCCAGAACACUCUAUAUCAGUAAUUGCUGUCAGGAUGUAGAGCUAUUUAACACUUACCUUGCACCUUUAACUUGUACCCUACCCGUAUCAGUACUGUAUUAAGGUCCAACUGAAAUAUCUAGAGAACACAGGUCUGCUUCAUAAAUUAUAUUUCCUGUCACUUGGCAAAAGGGAGAAAUGAAAAUUUUACAAUUUUACAUUAGCUUUCCUUCUAUAAGCAUGGACACGUCUGGUGUUGCACCUUAGCUUGCUACAUCAAGUAACAAACAAACACGCACCAUGGGAAACGUGCACUGUUUGCCGGCUAGAUAGCUAAUUAGCUUGUUAGCUGAACAGCUUAUAAAUGCACCUGCAAAUUUCAACAUUGAACAGUUUAGAUUAUGUUAAAUGUUGCUGUCCUUCCUUUUCAGUUCCAUUGCUAACAAAAGGCUAUCUCUCCUCGUCUUGUAAACUACAGUUAACAGUUUGUCUGUUUACAUUGUCUCUGUGGUUGUUACUCUGCAAGGAGCAUUUUAGAUACAUCUCUAAAACAGAUUUUUCUUCCUUACAGUGUUAAAAAGAAUAUUAGCGAAACAUUUAAAAACCACUUCAAAAUUAUCUUUAAUUGCAAAAACUGAUGACUAAUUAUGAUUUCAGUUGGACCUUAAAAUCCCUAAAGAUUACCUGCAUGUCUCUCAUUUAGUCGCCCCACCAGACCCACACUGAGGAAAUGAUGGUUUGACUGCAGGGAGGGUUAGUGCCAUACUGCUCGCUUCAGCUGUGGUCAAUUUUACGUCUAGGAUCAAGUAGCUUCGGCUUAGUGACUUCGAGUCCGUUUGUAUCAAUUACAUGUACUCUGCCUCCGUGGAGAUGGCCAGCGGCGCUCUACUAUCAUUGAACACUGACACCAGUGUGGUUGGGCAGACUUUGGCCUCACAGAAACACAUCUAUUUCUUAAUGUUUUUGAUUAUGACACUGUCCUGCUGUCCCUUGACAGAUCUGAAUGUACAUUUUGUUGGCAUUUUAUAAAGCUGUUAAUACAAAAAAUAA